AUUAACAUAACGUUGUGUUCGUCGAAAACACAUUCAGUGUGGGUCAGAUUCUUCAGGAUGUUGCGUCUUGUUCUCAUUGGAGUCCUGGUGGCAUUGGCUUCAGCUAGGAGGUCCCCUCAUGCAGAUUAUGUAGAGGAAUAUGUAAAAGCUGAAGGCGCUGGAAGGUAUUCGGAUAAUAUCAUCGAAGAUGCGCUCUUGGAUGUUCCUGAUCUAGUAAAAAAAUAUGGAUAUCCCUUCGAAGCACACACAUUGACGACUCCUGAUGGCUAUAUCCUAGAAGUCCAUCGGAUUCCGCAUGGAAGGGACCAGAACAACACUCCUGACUCCAACAAACCCGUGGUCUUCUUGAUGCACGGCCUGUAUUCUUCAUCAGCUGAUUAUAUCGUUCUUGGACCGGGAAAUGCUAUAGCUUACGUUCUCGCCGAAGCCGGUUUCGACGUCUGGCUAGGCAACGCCCGAGGCAACUACUACUCCAGGCGCCACGUCACCCUUAACCCUAAUGGGGGGAGAGGGAACCUCGACUUCUGGCAGUUCAGUUGGGACGAAAUCGGCAAUAUGGACCUGCCAACCGUCAUCGACCAUAUUAUUGAGACCACAGGCCAGCCGAAGUUGCAUUAUAUUGGUCAUUCCCAGGGGUGCACCACAUUUUUAGUCCUGAAUUCUUUAAGGCCUGAGUACAAUGAGAAAUUCGUCAGCUUCCAAGCUUUGGCUCCUGCCGCUUUCUUUGUGUACAAUGAAGAUUUGUCCUACAGAUUGGCAGCUCCUCUUGAAGCAGUUUUUGAGGAAAUCCUGAACGCCGUUGGAUAUCUGGAGAUCUUAGGUAACAGAGAGUUCUUCACAUUCUUCGCCACAAAUUUCUGCGUGGAUGGUCUGAUCGCUGAAGCCUGUCAUGCUAUUCUGAAUAACGCUAACCCGGAGUACUACAAUACUACCAUGACACCUCUGUUCCUCGGUCACGCCCCUGCCGGCGCUUCAGUCCUGCAAAUGACUCACUAUGGACAGAGUAUCAACACUAAGAAGUUCAGGCGAUACAACCACCUCCCUAUAAAAAACAUCGAAGUCUACGGCCGUCCUACACCCCCAGAAUAUGAUCUUAGCAAAGUCACUGUCCCUACUUAUCUACAUUUCGGCUACGCUGAUGUCCAAGCUGAUUAUAGAGAUAUCAAUUAUUUGGGUGAUCAACUACCUAAUCUGGUUGCUAGAAUGCCUGUAGAUAGGGUUUCUUUCAAUCAUUUAGAUUUUGUCUGGGGUAUUGACGCUAAAGAGCAGCUAUAUUUGAAGCUGGUUGAUAUAAUGCUUAGUUACCAUUGAUCGGGUCUUAGGAUAAACGGUGGAUGAUGAUUUUGUAUUUAUUAAAAUAAUAAAAUAAAAGAAAUUGAA